AUGUAUUCUAUUAUUAUUGGUACAGUAUUGUUGAUAAUAAUAACUGUAUUAUGGACAGUAUUUAAAUAUCUUCUGUCAUCCUCAAGAAACCAAAAUAAUACGUAUCUCUUAAGUAAUGAUUUAAAUAUACUUAACAACAAAAAUAGCAAAAAUUUAAUCAAUACUCCAACAUUCGUUAUAUUAGGUCCCCAAUAUAGCGGCAAGACUACCUUUUUCAAUUUUUUGACAACUAAUAAAAUUAGACCAUUUGUCACAUCACAAGAAAUAUCUAUCUCUAAUAAAAAUAAAAAUACUAACCACAAUUUCACUUUAAUCGAAUUUCCUGGACACAUUAAACUGGUUUAUAAAUGGAAAUCUUGGUUAGACUUAGUUACUUCCAAUCCAAAUAACUAUAAUAGUAAUACUGGUAGUAAUGGUAAUAAUAAAAAUUUGAAAGGCAUAAUAUUUAUGAUUGAUUCAACGCGGGAUUUCAAAUCGGAUACUAGUAAUGAUUAUUGGGAACAAGUAGCGGAAUGGUUAAUAUACAUUCUAGAUAAAUUAGAACAACUUAGCUACCCAACUAAUUUAUUGAUUGCAUGUAACAAGAAUGAAAGUUUCAUCUCUAGACCACCCAAUAAAAUUAAAUCUCUCCUAGAAAUAAAAAUUGGGCAAGUCCUUUCAAGAAAAAAAUCAUCCAUGUUAAUUGAUCCAUCUAAUAGUAAUAGCUACAAAAGUGAUAUCACUACUACUACUACUGCUGCUGCUAAUACUAUUACUAAUAUGAAUAAAAGAAGAUAUAUAAACGGUAGUGAUACUUAUAAUGAGGAUAAUUCCAAUGAUAACCCAUUAUUUGACUUAUUCCCAGAUCCAUUGAAAUUUAAAUUUGAUUCAUUAGAAACUUCAGUUGAAGUGUUAGGUGGCAGUGUAUUAAAACAAAAUAUUGAUCCUUGGAAGCAAUGGAUUGAAGAACAUCAAUAA